AUGGGAGUCGUAUCUUUGCUUUAUAUGACACUAGAAGAAAAAUCCCCACCUGAGAUCGCAAGAGGCACAUCAAGACUAGGGAACAAUAGAGACACGUCUUCACGUGCACACCUGGUAAAAGCAUCACGCUCUUCUUGUGACGCGUGGAGGCAAAAGCUGCCGACUCCACCGGAUUUGAAUUCUCCGCAGCAACAAUCACGUGCACUCCUCCACGUGUCCUCAUCUAGUACGUUCAGAAGUCAACCAGUCAGCGGAUGUGAUGGCUUGAGACCAGACCAUCUAUAUAUUUUGACCCUUCCAUCUACUUCAAAGCUCUCAGUCGUCUUUGCAAAUUGCAAGACUGAAUGUAAACAGAAGCUUGAUCUUCUGUCUUCAGAAAUGAAGGUCAUUCUGAUCCGAACCGGCUCGGUUCCGGUCCAGGUCCAGCCGGUUUCUGGUUCUCCCAGAUUGUGCCUCUCCCGGAGCGAUUCUCUCUCCGGCGUCUUCUCCGCCGAAAAGACUACCCUCUCCUUGCAUUCCGAGGUCAACCGCCGCAGAGGCAGUGGAAUCCGGAGGGCGCUGUCGGAGAGCGACGUGAUCCUCUCGGAGACUCAACUUUCGGGCGGAUUCCGCUCCUUUCCAUCGAGGAUACCGGAGGAGGAGUUCCUUCCCGGCGGCGAUAGAACGGUGAGCUUCGCCAACUCUUGGCCAGAGAUCGGGAUUCCUUUGGAGGAAUUAGGAAUCUCCGGCGGCGGUUUCGGCAAGGGCGACGGCGGCGGCGACGAUGACAGUUUUGGCAAUUCCGGCGGCGGAAACAGCGAUCGGAGCAAGCUCGGGGCGUUCUACGAGGAGAUGUUGAAGGCGAACCCCGGCGAUGCGCUUCUCCUCAGAAACUACAGCAAGUACUUGCACGAGGUUAGUACUGAUCCAUUCAUGCAGAUCGUUGAGAAAUAGAAGUGAUCAUUUAUGGAUUGAUUUGCGAACUGUGA